AUGGAGAGAAACACCUUUGUGUCUUUUGGGAGGCAAGGGAAAGUGGGUCAGCAGCAGGCAGGGCAGGUGUGCUUUGGGAGCAGCAGGCUAAAUGUUUGGGGAAGAAAUAUCGACGUGUUGGUUGAUGAUGGGAAGCUGUCCCUGGAGGAGUUCCAGGCCUUUUUCUCUGAUGGGACCCUCAAUGAAGAAGAACUUGAGAAGCUCUUUCAUACCAUUGACUCGGACAACACCAACAAUGUGGACACCAAGGAGCUGUGUGACUAUUUUGCUGACCACAUGGGAGACUACGAAGAUGUCUUGGCCUCUCUGGAGACACUGAACCUCUCCAUCCUGAAGGCAAUGGACUACACCAAACGGGUGUACGAGAGCGGCAGCAACGAGACGGCGAAUCAGACCCAGUCCCUGCUGAGCUCGGUGGAAAGCGCCGUGGACGCCAUCGACGAGCAAACCCAGCCCGCCAGGCACUGCCCCAGCAAGGCUGGCCAUGGUCUGAUGGACACCUGGUAUGACAGCCCCGUGCCCAGCUAUUCUCCCACCAGCCGGAUGGUCCCCAGGGAGCAUGGGAAGAGUUUGCAGAGUGGUUCCCCUGACACCAAGGCAGAGGGGCUGGAGGGGCAGAGCAACAGGCAGGCUGAGCUGAUCGGCAGGCUGGAGGACAAGGUGAGAGCCAUCCUUUCCACACCUGGGGUGUCCCUGGGGUGUCCCACCACCACCUCCCUGCCCUGGUGGCCCACCCAGAAGUGUCCAAGUUCAUCCCGUGGGCCAUGGGUGGGAGUUGGGUCGCUGGUGGUGGAAAAUACUACAUCAGAUGAGGUGCCAGCAGCUACGGGUGUCACAGCAGUGAAGCUGCCUGAUGGGGUCACCUUCAUCGUCUAUGAGUUCUGGGAGACUGAGGAGGACUGGAAGAGGUAG